AGAUUACAGGUGGAUAUCAGAGACAGGCAUGAAACAGAAGUGAUAAAUAUCAAGAACUGUCACAGUGGAUUGGGUGAGUUUGUCUGCUUAUUACCAAAAGGCCUUUAAUGUAUCAGAAGUUCUUUGAAUAUACAUGUCUUGCAUACAACAAUAAAAUUCAGCGGUAAAAAAUUAUUUAUAUUUUCCUUUGUUGUUGAUAUCAUCUUUAUGCAUUGCGUUAAUAUCAAUAUUGUCACUUUGCAACCAGGAAUCAAGAUUGCUGGUGGAAAAUCAGCUCUAGGAGCAGAUUUUGGGAUAUUUGUUAAGAAAGUUCUUAGUGGAGGUGUUGCUGAUCUAGAUGGUAAGAAUAAACAUUCAUCAUGAUUACAGAGUUGCCAGGAAGUUAUACAAUGAGCCAAUCUAGCAUGUAAUAAAUUAUUUAUUACAUGCUAGAUUGGCUUGUAUAAUGAUAAUGAUGAUGAAUAAUAAUGGUUAUCUCAUAUUUGAUAAGCCAAUCUGGUAUGUAAUAACUUGUAUUAUUAUAUAAAUACCAAGUGAGUUUUGCGCAAAAACAUAUAACAUGUUAUAUUCACAUGUGAAAAGAUCACCGUUGCUAUGGCUACAUAAUGAAUAGCGCCUUUUGCAGCAAAAAAAAUUUUUAGUGAAAUGGUUUGGAAUUUCAUUGGUGUUUAUAUAAUAAAUAGAACAUUACAUGGCCGCUUGGAGAUACGAAAUUUCUCUUUGAAUGUUGAAAAAUAUUUCAUGAAUGAAUGUAGCGAACGAGUGAAAUUAUUUUCAACACUCGAAGGGAAAUUUUUUAUUUCCGCGCAGCCAUGUAAUAUCCUUUAUUAAUUUCCUGGUUAAACAUAAAACAUCCAAUGUAACAUUUAUAAAAUGCAUUAUAUGGACCCAGAUUGGCUCUCUAAGUUAUCUUGCUUGGUAUUCGUAUUUUGCUGGUUUAACAAUGCAAGUUGUACGUUUGUCAGUGAAUAUUAUCUAUGAUGGCUCUUUUUUAUCAGGGAGGCUUAGAGAAGGUGACCAGUUGUUGGAGGUGAAUGGAUGCAGCCUACAUGGCGUGUCCAAUGAUAAGUAA